CCACCACCAACAACAGCAGCUGCAGAGAAAUAGAGUAUGAGCGGAAGCAGAGACGAGCAACAGUAAUUGUCCAUUGCUCUACAAAGCGUCCCAUUACCCUCAUGAGCUCCGUAUUCAGCGCCCUUAGAAGGCUGAUUCCAUUUGCAAAACCCAAGGGACUCAUUGGUUAUGAUCUCCAAGGCAACCGCUACUUUGAGAUACCAAAUCCUGCAGGAGGCCGCACUAAAAGAUUUGUGGAGUAUACCGUUAAUCGCGAUAUCGCUGAAUAUGGCCGUGCGGACUUGAAGCCACCAGUUCAGUGGAAAGCGUGGUUAUCUCACACUCGUACAACACCUCCGACGGUGCAAGAACUUGAACACGAUUAUGAGCGACAAAUCUCCCUCCUUCCGAAGGUUGCCGCGAUUGAGGCUCGCGAACGUGAAGAACGUAUUCGCCAGGGCUAUCUCUUACCAGACGGCUCCGAGGUUGAACAUCCACCUUCCCAGAUUGGUGCACCUUCUACAAAUACAGAGAGAAAGGCGCAGGCUCAGAGGUUCAUAUCUUCGCCGCAAAAUCACCCUACAGAGGCGCCGAACGAACGCUCUCCGUUUAUUUAUCCUGUGCCUACUCCCCAAUCCCCAGGGGUUGCAUCGCCGAGGAAGACUAUAGAUCCAUCGACUGCGUCAGCCAAAGAGUUGAGGAAACUGGCCGAAGAAGAUACUAAAAGGCGUAUGGCGCAGACAGGGAAUAUGGAAGUGCCGCAGAAGAACGGUGUGCAGUCUGUACAGAUGGGCAAGGGAGGGCUGGAACCCAGAAGGAGAAGCAAAAAGUAGAAAAAAACUAGUCACAUCACGUAUUAUCACCACUCUUUGUUGUACAUCUAACAUCUCAGCCUUUGAGUACAUGCAUACAAUAAAU